AUGGCUAGCUCAAACUACAUCUCUAGCUCAGCAAUUAUAAAACUUGUUUCACUUGAUGAAGGGUCUGAGGACAGAGAUAGGGAAGACCCCUGGGAUCUCUUCCUCCUCCUUCUAAAGGAAGUAGUAUUUUCUUCCUCAAAACCCUCUGAGGGAAGAUCCUCGAUAACAACAGGGGAUGGGGCAAGAGGGAUAGUAGCACAGAUAGCGGCUAGAAUGACAACAGGAUUAGGACAAAGCCCAAACCUAAAAAAGGUUCUAAAUUAUGACCAGUGUGGAGAAGGGAACUGCCUCAGCUCGGCUAAGGUGGUAGACCCUUGCGAUUUCAUCAAGAGUCAGCGGAGGUCACUUGCAUCAACACAAAAGCCACUCGCAUCAAGAAAAAGAGGAAAAAAAAAAAGGAAAAAGAAGCAUGCAAGAGCAGAGGUCCUCAAGGCUUUGAGGUAG